CCAAACACUUAGUACCCAACAAAAUGAGAGACUUUUUCUGUACCAUAAACUUGGACCAAGAAGAAGUUUUUCGUACACAGGUAGUUGAAAAAUCUUUAAGCCCUUACUUUGGGGAAGAGUUUUUCUUCGAGAUUCCAAGAACAUUCCAGUGGCUGUCCUUCUACAUUUAUGAUAAAAGUGUUUUACAGAAAGACCUGCGUAUAGGAAAGGUGUCAAUCAAAAAAGAAGAUUUAUGCAACUACACAGGAAAAGAGAAUUGGUUUAUGCUUCAACCUGUUGAUUCUAAUUCAGAGGUUCAGGGGAAAGUUCACCUUGAAUUAAAACUGAAUGAACUGAUAACAGAUAAUGGAUCUGUGUGCCAGCAACUAGUAGUACACAUAAAGGAGUGCCAUGGGUUGCCUCUUAUAAAUGGACAGAAUUGUGACCCUUACGCAACAGUCUCUCUUGUGGGGCCUUGCAGGAAUGACCAAAAGAAGACCAAAGUAAAGAAGAAAACAAGCAAUCCACAGUUUAACGAAACGUUUUAUUUUGAGGUAACGAGGUCCAGCAGUUACACCAAAAAGUCCCAGUUUCAGGUGGAAGAAGAAGAUAUUGAGAAACUAGAAGUCAGGGUUGAUCUAUGGAAUAAUGGAAAUUUGGUGCAAGACAUCUUUCUAGGAGAAAUUAAAGUUCCUGUGAAGGUGUUAAGAAAUGAUUCUUUUCAAGCAUGGUACUUACUUCAACCAAGAGAAAAUGGAAACAAGUCGUCUAAAACUGAUGACUUAGGGUCACUUAGAUUAAAUAUAUGUUAUACUGAAGACUGUGUCCUUCCGUCUGAAUACUACACUUCUCUAAGAAACUUGCUGCUAAAAUCAUCAGAUGUUCAGCCGAUUUCUGCAUCUGCUGCCUACAUACUGAGUGAAGUUUGUCGAGACAAGUAUGAUGCUGUUCUGCCUCUUGUACGAUUGUUGCUACACCACCAUAAGCUAGUUCCGUUUGUUGCUGCAGUGGCAGAACUAGAUCUGAAGGACACCCAAGAAGCAAACACAAUCUUCAGAGGCAACUCAUUAGCCACUCGGUGUGUAGAUGAAAUGAUGAAAAUAGUGGGGAAGCACUACCUAAAGGUUACUUUGAAACCUGUUAUUGAUGAGAUAUGUGAGUCUCCUAAACCCUGUGAAAUAGAUCCCAUCAAAUUAAGAGAAGGGGAUAAUGUAGAAAUUAAUAUGGAAAAUCUACGCUAUUAUGUAGACAAAGUAUUCCGUGAAAUUGUGCGGUCAAGUAUAAGUUGUCCUACCCUAAUGUGUGAUGUUUUUUAUUCUUUGAGGCAUCUGGCUGCCAAAAGAUUUCCAAAUGACCCUCAUGUACAGUAUUCUGCAGUGAGCAGCUUUGUGUUUCUUCGUUUCUUUGCUGUAGCCGUAGUCUCACCUCAUACUUUUCAUUUACGACCUCACCAUCCAGAUGCACAGACUUCUAGAACAUUAACUCUUAUAUCAAAAGCCAUCCAGACUUUGGGGAGUUGGGGAAGUUUGACCAAAAGCAAACUUUCCAGUUUCAAGGAGACGUUUAUGUGUGAGUUUUUCAAAACAUUUCAAGAAGAAAAAUUUACUGAAUCUGUUAAAAAGUUUCUAGAUGAUGUUUCCUCUACUGAAAGUAAAGAGCCCAGUGGUCUGAGUGAGCCUGUACAUCUAAAAGAAGGAGAAAUGUACAAAAGAGCUCAGGGAAGGACUCGGAUUGGUAAAAAGAAUUUCAAGAAGCGGUGGUUCUGUCUAACAAGUAGAGAAUUCACCUACCACAAACAACAAGAUAAAGAACCAAUUUUUACUAUUCCAAUAAAAAACAUCCUUGCGGUGGAGAAACUUGAUGAGAGCUCCUUCAACAAGAAAAAUAUGUUUCAAGUACUACAUGGAGAAAAGCCACUCUAUAUCCAAGCAAAUAACUGUGUAGAAGCUAGCGAGUGGAUAGAAGCUCUUUGUCGGGUAACGAGGUGCAAUCCGAAGAGGCUUAGUUUUUACCAUCCUUCUGCUUUUCUGAAUGGGAACUGGCUUUGCUGCAAGGCUACAAUAGAGAACACAGUGGGCUGUGCUCGUUGCACUGCAGAUGUUAAAAAGAUUGAUGGAGACAGAGAGACAGAAAGAAUUUACUCACUUUUCACUAUCAAUAUGUCUAAACUACAGAAGUUGGAAGAGGCUUGCGGAAGUAUAGCAGUCUAUCAAGGUCCACGGAAAGAGCCAGAUGAUUAUUCUAACUUCACAAUUGAAGAUUCUGUAGCAACUUUUCAUACACUUAAACAGAUAAUAGAUAUUGUAGAGAAGCUGAAUGAAUCACAUGAAAAAUACCGAAAGAAGAGAUCAUCUAGUGCUAAAUAUGGUAGUGAAGAAAAUCCAAUUGUUGGAAAAGUUUCCUAACCAAAACAAACUGUGGCAGACCUGGAUGAAAAAAGAAACUGGAAAUGUUCUUGAGUGUUUUGGUUUUUUAUUUGUUUGUUUUUUUAAAUUCAUUGUAUGCGUUUUUACAAAGUAUUUAAGAAUGAACAUAAAUGCUAGUUGUGUUGACAAUCUAUUUAAUAUUUAAUAGAAAAAUAUCUACUUGGAAAUCUGGUCUUAAGGUUUAUUCUCAUUUUGCUGAAGAACUUGGAAUUUGCAGGUUCUUGAAGUAACAGAUGUGAAUAAAUCUAAAUGUUGUUUUGCCAUUGUUGUCUUAUUGGAAAGAACUUUCUAAACAAAUAAGCUUUUUAAUGGAAGAAAAUCCACAGGGGAUUUUUUGGUUGGAUUACAUCUCUCAAAACAUACACUGCAAACUUGCAUGAGUUUACCACGAGUGCCUGCCCUGCUGAUACAGAUCUUGAAAUAGAAAUCCCAAGAUACUAUGACAUGGAAAAGAUCUGAACCUUCACACUCAAUUCAUUUGACUUUUUUUCUUGUAUUAGGUGUUGUCAGGACUUGAUUUGUCUACAACUGAAGUCUUACAAAAUCAUGCAGUAUGCUGCAAAUAAUCUGGACAGCAGAAACCAGUGUUAGUUAUGUUUUUAAGUACUAAAGAAGAAGAAAUCAGGGAACUUAUGUUAUACCUCUUGUUUACAUUUGGG